UGUAAAAGCGGCGACCCGAAGCAGCCGGCAAGUGAAGGGCUAUGGCCACUGCGGGGUCUGUGAGCGCGGCGUUGCAGGUGGCGGAAGUGCUAGAAACCGUCGUGAGCUGCUGCUUGGGGCCCGAAGGGCGGCAGGUUCUGUGUACCAAGCCCACUGGCGAGGUGCUGCUCACCCGGGACGGAGGCCGCCUCCUGAAGGCCUUACACUUAGAGCAUCCCAUAGCCAGGAUGGUGGUGGCAUGUGUUUCCGCUCAUCUAAGAAAAACAGGAGAUGGUGCUAAAGCAUUUAUUAUCUUUCUUUGCCAUUUACUCAGAGGACUCCAGGCAGUCACAGACAAGGAAAAGGAUUCUUUCUUUUCUAAAAAUAUUCAGACCCAUGGAAGGCAUUGGAAAAAUUGUUGUCAGUGGAAAUUUAUUUCCCAAGCUCUUUUAACAUUUCAGACCCAAAUAUUAGACUAUGUUAUGGACCAUUACUUAAGUAGACACUUUUUGUCCAUCUUUUCUUCAUCCACCAAAGAAAGAACAUUGUGUGGGAGUUCUUUAGAGAUGCUCUUAGAAGCAUACUUUUGUGGAAGAGUGGGAAGAAAUAAUCACAACUUUGUAUCACAGUUGAUGUGUGACUACUUUUUCAAGUGUACAGCUUGUGAAAGUGGGUUUGAAGAAGUACUUGAGUUAGUGGAUGACUGUUUUGUCGAGUUGAAAGUUUGCGUCACUGGCCUUCCUGUUUCUGAUUCCAGGAUCAUAGCUGGGCUUGUGCUUCACAGAGACUUUUCUGUGUACUGUCCAGCAGAUGGUGACAUAAGAAUAGUGAUAGUAACAGAAAGCAUUCAACCUCCUUUUUCAACUUCUGGAUCAGAGUUUAUUAUAAGUUCAGAAACACAGUAUCAGACAUCUCAGUUUUGGAUUACAGAAAGGACAAAAGCAAUAAUGAACUCUUUACAGAAUCAGAAUGUAAAAUUGCUCCUGUCUACUGUGAAACAACCAGACUUAGUAAUUUAUUGUGCAGGACUGAAUGGCAUAUCCGUGGUGGAGUGUUUAUCAUCUGAAGAACUUUCUCUUAUCCAGAAAGUCAUUGGUCUUGCUCCCUUUGUACCACCACAGGCCUCUAUGCAGUAUGAACUCUCUAACACUGCUUUGGUGAAAUUUUAUAAGCCCCUUAUUCUUAGAUCCAAAAGGUAUGUUCAUCUUGGCUUGAUUAGCACAUGUUCAUUUACACCACACUGUAUAAUUCUUUGUGGACCAGUGCAGGGUCUUGUUGAACAACAUGAGGAUGCUUUACAUGGAGCAUUUAAAAUGCUUCGGCAGUUAUUUAAAGACCUUGAUCUAAAUUAUGUGACACAAGCCAGUGACCAAAAUUGUACGUCAAGUCCUCCUGUUUAUAAGAAUAGUAGAGAAAGUAAUGAGUUACCAGAAAUUGUUAAUGGCUCAAUACAAAGGCCAUAUCAGGACACAGUUGUAAAGAACAAAGAUGAACUGGCAAAAACGCAAACAUAUUUAAAAGCAUAUUCAAAUUUGGUAGUUCCAAGCGUAGAAUUAGAAACAAAUGUAUCUUGUUCAACACCAAAAGUGACACUAACAUACAGUGAUACAUACCAGACAAAUGUAAAACUGAAAUGUUUAUCUCCAAACAAAGCCAGGAUACUGGAUGACCAUGAACCAUUUAUUGAGAGUAAUUCUGUUAACUCAACAACAGAAAAUACUAAAAGAGAAAUUUCUUAUGAAAAUUUACAGGUCACAAAAAUUGCUGGAAAGGGGAACAUAUUACCAGUGAGAUACAAGUCAGUAGAGAUGUGUGCUUCCCAGAGUUACUGUUUCUCAUCUAUACCAGCUGGUUGUGUUUUGCCAGUGGGUGGUAAUUUUGAGAUCUUGUUGCAUUACUAUCUUCUCAGCUAUGCCAAAAAAUGCCAGCAGUCAGAAGAAACCAUGGUUAGUAUGAUAAUAGCUAAUGCACUUUUAUGCAUUCCCAAAAUCUUGUAUAAGUCUAAGAAAGGAAAUUACAGCUUUCCACAAAUAUAUAUAAGAGCUCUCCAUGCACUGCAAACCAGUCAACCCGUGAUAAGCAACCAGACAGGUUUGGAAUCAGUUGCUGGUAAAUACCAGUUACUAACUUCAGUUCUUCAGUGUUUGACAAACAUUUUAACCAUUGACUUGGUGAUCAAUAUUAGGAGACAACCUCAGGAAAUUUAUGAUCAAGAUUCAGAAGAGGAACUGUAAAUUUGGAAGCUUUUUAUUAACCCAAAGUUUUAAUCCAGCUCAAGCCAUAAAGCAAGGCAGGCAUGUGACAACUGAUUUUCAAGUUAAUUCAGUCUCGUUAGGAAAACAACAUAACUUAAAAAGUCUUUAGAAGUGCACAAGGCCAGCAGACAUUCAGACACAAAUAUGAGCGACUACAUCAGGGAACAGUUCUGAGAAGGAAUCCUGAAUGGGUGAAGCCAAGCUCGAAGUAAGUGUGUCUUUUUUCCCCUCAGUAUCCCUGUGUCUCAGCUCUGUGUUACUCUGUGUUUGGGGGAAGGUGUUUCCUUAUAGCUCCUUUUUACUUUUCUGUAUCUUUUCACUAUUCAUACCUUCUCCUUUGCCUUUCUAUAUCUAGUUAAUAGAAUAAUCUCAGGUUUGGAUGUGGUCUUCAAAUGCCAUCCUGCUUUUUGUUUAUAAUAUAAAACAUUAUUUGUUUUAUUUAAAAUGAUUUAUUUUCCCUACUCAUAAUUUCUAUAGCAAUGAGUAAAAGUCUCAUUUUUUUUCUCAAACAGCAUAUGAGUACAAUUAGUUUUUACUUUUAUGUGGCCUCUUGUUUAGAGCCUGGGUAGAUUUUUUUCAUCAUUCAUACACCACUGAGUAUGUCACCAUAAAUAUGACCUUGUGCAUUGUAAACUUAUUUUCAUUUCUUUAGUUGAAAGUUAAUUCCAUAAAGGAUGUGAAAUUCAUACUAUCAUUUUUCUCCUGUCCUCUUAAGAGCUUGCAAAAAUAAUUCAUGUAUUUGCUGGGUUUUCUUGUAUUUGCUGCAUAGCCAGAGUUCAGUAGUGACAAAUAAUUUGAGAAUUAUAGUUGGCUUUCCAGUCCUUGGGUUCUACAUCUGUGGAUUCAACCACCUGUGGAUUGAAUAUAUUCAGGAAAAAAAAUUCCAGAAAGUUGCAAAAAGCAAAACUUUUAACUUGUCAGGUGCACUGGCAACUAUUUAUAUAGUAUUUACAUUGUAUGAGGUAUUAUAAGUAAGCUAGAGAUGAUUUAAAGUACACAAAAUGAUGUGCGCAGGUUAUAUGCAAACACUGUGCCAUUUUAUAUAAGGGACUCACGCAUCCACAGAUUCGGGGGCGGGGGGGGGUUGGUGUUCUGGAGCCAGUCCCCCUUGGAUCCCGAGAGACGACUGUAUUCAUUUCUAAUAUGAGUUUUUCAAUGUUUAUAUUUUAUCUUAAAGCUUUAUAAAUGCAAAUAAUACUGUGCAUCUAGCUGUGAAUAAGGACAGUGUCUUCUACUUUUACUAGUUCUCUGUAACACCCCAGGCAGUGCUAUGUUCAUACCAAGUAUUCAAAAGUGCUUGUUAAAUAAAACUGUUAUCUUUAAUCUGUUCUAAUUAUGUAUUUCCAGUUUACUAAUUCAAGAAAUUUUUAUUGAGUGCUUACUGUGUGCCAAAUGCUGAAUAUACCAUGGUAAACAAAUAGAUAAAUCUUUCCUCAAAGGUUAAUGGGUAGUAAUAGUGACACCACUUGAACUGAGAUUAAAUUUAGGAAAACCAAUUAAAAUUUCAUUACAGUUAAACUUGAAAAAGCAAUGACUAAUAAUGUAUUUAAAAACUGUAAUAUUCCAUCAUGCAGAUCUCAUGAUCUUGUAUGUUAAAUAUAAUUUCAUUUUUAUAAAUUUUAUGCUGUAUGUAAUAACAUUAUUUUACUUCUGUGAUUAUUGAGAGAAUGUAUCAGCUCUGUUUCCUAUACUGAAUUCAUAGAUAUAUAAACAUACUGUAAAAUUGUUGUAUAAUUUUUUCCAUUCAUUUUUUUAAAUUGCCCAUCAGGUCACUUGAUAGCUUUGCUUUAUUUUGUUGUUGUUGUUUUAAAUACUUCCCCAUCAUU